GACCCAGACUCUCCAUGCCAGCAGCAGCAUGGAUGGCAUAGCCCUCACCUUCCACGCCAUUUGCACUGAUUCUAUGCUGACACAGCCUUCUCAUUACUAAACUGGCUUUCCAGAAGCCUUGGAAUGGGACGUGGGGUGCAAGGUAGGGGCAUUGCCCUGGGUAUCAGAUGUGCACGUUCCAGGAAUUGGAACUGUGUGUUUCGCAUUGCAUCUAAUCUGUUGGCAUUGAGUAUUGAUUGUGUGUUGAAAUGGCAUGAGUCGGUUUCUCAGAGCCCUGCCAUCUUUUGGAUGAACUAAUAGUGUCUGAUCUCAGGGAUGAAGUUCAUGUUCCCUAAACCUCAGAGCCCCUCCUUUCCAUCUCCAGGUUUUUGAAUAAUUGUCUUUGACUUUAUAAAAGUGUAAGUAAUUCUGAUAGUCAUUCCAUCUGACCUGCCUAACAAGUCACCCGCCUUCCAUCUUUUCAUAUUAAUUAAAAGAGCUUUUCAGCCUAUAGGCGGAACCAUGUGUUAAAGUUAUUCUACAACCUGCAAUCUAAAUAUUGACCAACUGAACCAAGUAGUUUAAACUGGGGGCUACUCAUGCUGGGCAAGUAUCUGAAAAUACACAAACUCAGCCAGUUUGUAGCUCCCUACCACUCUGUUAGAUGCUGUGUAACAAGCCCACUCUGAUUGAGUGGUCUGGUAUAUGAGUAUGGAAUAUAACUUCCUCUGUUGAUUUUUCUCCGAUUGUUCUAGAUAGCAGUCUCAAAUAUAAGUCUCAUCAUGAUCACUUGGAGCAUACUUUCAAAAAUUGUGCUCCUAGGAAACCAGAACUGAUGUCCGUGAAAUAAUCAUAAAAUAACUAAAUGCCGAACAUUUAGUAGCCAGUUGAUCAGUAUUUCUUGGUUGAUUAAACUGCCCAGUAUAGUAGGACUUCAGGGUGAGCUAGACAAGUCCUGACCUUCAUAGAGGAGGCGGGGCCUUAGGCUUGGUAGGAGGAAAGGAUUUAGACAGCCCAGAAGAGCAGGGGAAGGCAUUUGUAUAUUAAGUGUGGGAAGAGCAGAGGCUGAGCAGAUGUGAAAAGGCACACAUGAGUUGGGUGGAGGUGGGGACUGAAAGAUGAGUAUGACUGUACAAAAUGCACAAAUUCACGUUGUUCUUAUCCCGGGUAUUCAGAGAAAAGUCGGAGUGGUGUGUAAUAAAUGUCACGUAUUGGAUGUGUGGGCCGGUGUGCUGACACAUCUCUUUGCUCUCAAGCAGUUACCAUGACUGGCUGAUAGAAUUGGCUGGGAGGGUGCCCCCCUUCUUUUUCUUAUUUCCAUUUGGGUUCUUCCUGAGAUUGGAACUCACUUGAGAAAGACCACCUCAGAUAGAGAAGAAUGAGCCUUCCAUUACAGUAUAUAAAUAGUUGUUAUGAUUUCCAAACAUACUUUUAAGGUACAUUUUUGUGAUUUUUACAAAUGUGGGUUUCAGAAGGAACAGAAAUUAAUGUGUUAAUGCAUUUUGUUCAUUUAGUCUGGUCAUUAGGCUGGGCUUUGGCUUUUUUCCCUGGGGAAAGAAACACUGUUCCAACCACUGUGAUGGAGUCUCACUCUGAAUGCCAGGCCAGGACCAGCUUGGAGGUGUCAGGGUCUAGAAAGGCUUCCUGCAGGAGGUACAUCUGAGCAAAAUCUUGAAGUUUGAGUAGAAGUUGACCAGGUGGUGCUCCAGGAAAUGGGAAAAGCUUAGGCACAGUCACAUUGCAGGGGAGGACAUGGCAUGACUGGAGCUGCAGGGAGUUUGGUCCAGCAGGAGCACAAGGUACCUAAAGGGAAGCUGAGGCCGGAGAGGUAGAUGCAGGGACUAGAUCUUGACAUAUCUCAUGGACCAUGCUAAAGGGUUUGUGUUUUGUCAUGAAGGCAGCAGGGAGCUGUCAAAGGGUUUAAGCAGUCUUAUUGUGUGUUUAGUGUGGCUGCAGUGUGGAUAAUGGAUUGAAGAGGGCAAGGCCGGAGUCGAAGAGGCAAGGAAAGAUGAGAGCCUGACCUUGAGCAUGGAGGUGGAGAAAAUGACAGAUGGGGAAAUUUUAGAAAAUAGAUACAAAAGGACUUGGUGACCACUUGGGUUUGGCAGCUGUGGGCAAGUCCACCUUUGUGAAGUUACUGAAGAAAACUUACCCAGAGUGGCACGUAGCUACAGAACCUGUAGGAACAUGGCAGGAUGUCCAGGCUGCUGGCACCCAAAAAGCCUCUACUGCCCAAAGUCUUGGAAACUUACUGGAUAUGAUGUACCGGGAGCCAGCACGGUGGUCCUACACAUUCCAGACAUUUUCCUUUAUGAGCCGCCUGAAAACACAGCUGGAAGCCUUCGAACCCUUACAGGCCCGGGAGCCGGUCCAGGUCUUUGAGAGGUCUGUGUACAGUGACAGGUAUAUCUUUGCAAAGAAUCUUUUUGAAAAUGGUUCCCUCACUGACCUCGAAUGGCAUAUCUAUCAGUACUGGCAUUCUUUUCUUCUCCAGGAGUUUGCCAGCAGGCUCAGAUUACAUGGCUUCAUCUACCUACAGGCUACUCCCCAGGUUUGUUUGGAGAGACUGCACCGGAGGGCCAGGGCAGAAGAGAAAGGAAUUGAGCUGGCUUACCUGGAGCAGCUUCACGAUCAGCACGAAGCCUGGCUUGUCCACAAGACAACCAAGCUCCACUUUGAGGCUCUGCUGAACAUUCCAGUGCUGGCACUGGACGUCAAUGAUGAUUUUUCGGAAGCAGGAACCAAACAAGAGGAACUCAUAAGAAAGGUGAACACCUUUGUAAAGAACCUGUGACCAAUGCCAUGAUGUUCUGGCUGUAAUCUGGGCUCUCCGACUUUCUGAAGCUAGAAUAAUGUCCAGCCACCCACCCGCCCACCUUUCCUAAAGUUUAUUUAACUUUAUUUCUGUUCCAGUUGUUCCAUUCAUUUCAGCACGUGUCUGUUGAUGCAUGCCUGCCCUGAGCUUCCCUCUAGACUAGCAGUUUUCACCUCAGAAAAGCCUUAGCUUUUGUUCUUGAGCCCUUUGGCACCAAGACUUCCUUCUGUGUUCACUUGUUCUCUCUGACCUUCCGGGGAAGGAAUUGCUCCCAGGGCCCUUGACCAAGCCCCACUGAGGGCAGGAAGGAGGGAAGUAAAGUGGCUCAGGAACCAGUGAGAGCUCAGGUGUGAGCCUAGAGCUAGGAAAAUGGAGCCCGAGCUCCAGGAAGCUUCUUUAUCUCUUCCCAUCCUCCAACUCUUGGUAUGGGGGUUGGCGGUGGGGAGGCAGAUUUAGUCCUUUGUCUUAGAGCUGAAGAACCUGGCUGGAAGGGAGGGAGGGAGCAAUCAAGAGCCUAAAAAUUUAGCAUGUAAUGUUUAGGAUUUGGUCAUCCUGACACUCUGGUCUGUUGUAAAUACUUUAGCUGUGGAGUGUCAGUUGAUCUUGAAGGAGUGAAGCUGUCUGUUCUAGAAAGAAAAAUGUGUGUAUGCUGCUCUUCAAGCUUCAAGGACAGUUUAUUGCUAGGGGAGAAAAGCACAUGGCUCUACAGAAGUGAAGUCUCCGUUGCAACAAGCCUGCAGGCCCAGUGGUUCUCGGGAGGAGAGUUCCUGCGUGGAGCCCUGGACAGUGGCGCAGGCAUGCAGGAGCACGAAUGUGCUCGGGACCAGUGUCUCAGAAGACAGAACCCUGUCUGUCCCUUUGUGCUUUGGGAAAAUGAGUGCGAGAUUGGUUUCUAACAAAUGGGUAAUGUUUUGAAAUAAAAAUACAGUGGUUUCUUUA